AUGAAGAGAAAGUUGGACCAUGGCUCCGAGGUCCGUUCUUUCUCUCUGGGAAAGAAACCCUGCAAAGUCUCAGAAUACACAAGUACUACGGGGCUGGUGCCAUGCUCUGCCACACCUACUACUUUUGGGGACCUGAGGGCAGCCAAUGGCCAGGGACAGCAACGUCGCCGCAUUACAUCUGUGCAGCCACCAACGGGCCUUCAGGAAUGGCUGAAAAUGUUUCAGAGCUGGAGUGGACCAGAGAAAUUACUUGCUUUAGAUGAACUGAUAGAUAGUUGUGAACCAACACAAGUAAAACACAUGAUGCAAGUGAUAGAGCCCCAGUUUCAAAGAGACUUCAUUUCCUUGCUCCCAAAAGAGCUGGCACUGUAUGUGCUGUCAUUCCUGGAACCCAGGGACCUUCUGCAGGCAGCCCAGACAUGUCGUUACUGGAGAAUUCUGGCUGAAGAUAAUCUUCUCUGGAGAGAGAAAUGCAAAGAGGAGGGGAUUGAUGAACCGUUACAUAUCAAGAGGAGGAAAGUAAUAAAACCAGGCUUUAUACACAGUCCGUGGAAAAGCGCCUACAUUAGACAACACAGGAUUGAUACCAACUGGCGGCGAGGAGAACUGAAAUCGCCUAAGGUGCUCAAAGGCCACGACGACCACGUGAUCACUUGCCUUCAGUUCUGCGGGAACCGAAUAGUGAGUGGCUCUGAUGACAACACACUGAAAGUGUGGUCAGCGGUUACGGGCAAGUGUUUGAGAACACUGGUUGGGCACACAGGCGGAGUCUGGUCAUCACAGAUGAGGGACAAUAUCAUCAUCAGUGGAUCUACAGACCGAACGUUGAAAGUCUGGAACGCUGAGACUGGAGAAUGCAUACACACCUUGUAUGGACACACCUCCACCGUGCGCUGCAUGCACCUCCAUGAGAAACGAGUGGUCAGUGGGUCUCGAGAUGCGACACUGAGAGUCUGGGACAUAGAGACGGGCCAGUGUUUACACGUUCUGAUGGGCCACGUAGCUGCAGUUCGGUGCGUUCAAUAUGAUGGCAGAAGGGUUGUAAGUGGUGCAUAUGAUUUUAUGGUCAAAGUGUGGGAUCCAGAGACAGAGACCUGUCUGCACACACUGCAAGGGCAUACUAACAGAGUCUACUCAUUACAGUUUGAUGGUAUCCAUGUGGUGAGUGGAUCUCUUGACACUUCCAUCCGAGUUUGGGAUGUGGAGACGGGCAACUGCAUUCACACGCUAACAGGCCACCAGUCUCUCACAAGUGGAAUGGAGCUCAAGGACAAUAUACUCGUGUUCGAUUCUACAGUCAAAAUCUGGGACAUUAAAACAGGACAAUGUUUACAGACAUUGCAAGGUCCCAACAAGCAUCAGAGUGCUGUGACCUGUUUACAGUUCAACAAGAACUUUGUAAUUACCAGCUCAGAUGAUGGGACUGUAAAACUUUGGGACUUGAAAACGGGUGAAUUUAUCCGAAAUCUAGUCACAUUGGAGAGCGGGGGAAGUGGAGGCGUCGUGUGGCGGAUCAGAGCUUCUAACACAAAGCUAGUGUGCGCAGUUGGGAGCCGCAAUGGGACUGAGGAAACAAAGCUGCUGGUGUUGGACUUUGACGUGGAUAUGAAGUGAAGGGCAGAAAGAUGAAAUUGUCCAAACAUGUAGACGAUGGUCUCCUUUCCCUCCCCCUGAAAAAAAAAAGAAAAAAAGGAAAAAAAGAAAAAGGAAAAAAAAUCCCUUGUCCUUGGUGGUGCAGGAUGUUGGCUUGGGGCAACAGAUCCUAAAGACCUACAGACUACGAAGGAGAAGACAAAGAUGACAAACUAUAACUGACAAGAGAGGCAUCUGCUGUCUCAUCACAUAAAAAGGCUACUCUUUUGACCGGGGCAGCUUUGCAAAAAUACGACUUCCGAAAUGAAACCAGGUGCAAUUAUUCCUUUACUUUCCUCCAACUGCUCCUUGAGCAAUUUGGAAGUGAAAAAAAAAAUUGUUACAGUUCUUGUUAACAGGUUGUUUUACCACAAAGAUCUUGCAAGAAGCUGCACAGGUGCGCCUGCUCGUGCACCCCUGGGUCCCGGC